AUGCUGUCGGCUCUUUUCGCCCCGAUUCAAGACUGCGACGAGACCUUCAACUACUGGGAGCCCACCCACUAUCUUAGCCAUGGCUACGGCCUUCAAACCUGGGAGUACUCUCCAGAGUUUUCAAUCAGAAGCUGGCUCUACAUUGGCCUACACGCAAUAGUUGGAAACAUUCGCAGGCUUCUCCCACAGACGACUAAGCUCGACGAAUUCUACUUUGUCCGAUAUGUACUCGCCUUCGGCUGCGCCCUAUGCCAAACUUUACUGUUCAGAGUCAUCAGCCUUUCCCUCAAUGUGAGAGUUGGGAUCUUCUUUGUCUUGGCUCUCGCUACCAGCCCGGGCAACUUCCAUGCCAGCACCGCCUUCCUUCCCUCUAGCUUUGCGAUGUAUAUGUCUAUGUUGGGUGCCGCUUCUUUCAUGAAUUGGAGAGGGGGACUGAAGACAUCGCAAGGCAUGUUUUGGUUCGCGGUUGGUGGUCUCAUCGGUUGGCCAUUCGCUGCGGCCUUGUGUGCGCCGUUCCUAGUCGAAGAGGGCAUUUUCGCCCUUCUGAGUGACAAAGAUCGACUCAUUGAGGCCUUUAUCCGAGUCGGAAGGGGUGUGACUGCUGCAGUCGUCAUUGUUGCGGUCGACACGGUCAUCAACACAUUCUUCUACAAGAAGAUUGAGGUCAUCCCCUGGAAUAUCAUCAAGUACAAUAUCUUCUCUUCAAGCGGUGGGCCUAACCUCUACGGAACGGAGCCAUGGACAUUCUACUUCAAAAAUUUGGCACUGAACUUCAAUAUCUGGUUUAUUUUGGCCCUGGCUUCCUUGCCACUCUUCAUCUUGCAGAAGCUGAUCGCGCCGUCUGGGCGGGGUUUUCAGUCCGGACUACGAACCAUCGUUUUCCUUGCGCCAUUCUACAUGUGGCUUGGGGUUUUCACCUUGCAGCCACACAAGGAAGAGCGAUUCAUGUACCCUGCGUACCCUUUCCUCGCUUUGAACGCCGCUAUCGCAACACACAUCCUCCUUGGUGCAAUUGGCAACCCCAACCCUGGAUCACUUGCUAGCAAGAUUCCUGCGCGUCUGAAGCUCUUUGUUUUGAUAACAACCGGCCUCCUGGCCAUUGAUGUGAGCAUUGCCAGAAUCGUCGGUAUCUAUUCGGCCUAUCACGCGCCUCUAUCCCUCUAUAAGCCCCUAGGCGCCGGCGUCACAGGAGAGAUCGGCACAGUGGGUGGCCGAGAGGACAAUGUGUGCUUUGGCAAGGAGUGGUACCGAUUUCCGACUUCAUAUUUCCUGCCUCGGGAUAUGCACGCCAAAUUCAUCCGAUCCGAGUUCCGGGGCCUACUGCCUGGCGAAUUCUCAGAAGCGAGGACGGGCUUUGGAUUCUGGAGCGGAACCUGGCUGCCGGCAAUCGGCAUGAAUGACCGCAAUGAAGAAGACCUGGGCAAAUACGUAGACAUAAGGAUGUGUUCCUUCCUAGUGGACACUCAGUAUCCCUUGAAUGCAGAGAAAGGCUUGUCUUUGCCACCGAAUGAGCCAGACUACAUUGCGGAUUCCGAAAACUGGGACAUCGUCAAGUGUGUUCCAUUCCUCGAUGCCGCCAAUACGAGCUUCCUUCCAAGGGCACUUUGGCUGCCGGAUUGGGAUAUCAUCCCGGAGAAGUACCGGCGCAAGUGGGGCAGGCAUUGUCUACUCCAGCGGAAGAGGAAAUAA